AUGAAGAGUAAAAAUCAAAACAUUCUCUUAUUAUUCGUUGAGUAGUACAGUUGAACGUUGCGAAACGGUUUUUCUUGUAAAGAUGACAUCGAAAUGCAGUUACUUUUUGGUCGUGUUGAUCUGUGCCAAAGCGUUUUUGGUUACUUCUCUGCCGAUUGAGGACAAUUCCAAUGAGAAUGCAUUAGGUGAAAUCUCAUUAACGAGAGCAUCCGAAAAUAUAGUGCCUGUGCGAGAUUUGAGCGAUGAGGAUAUUGAGAAAAUGAAGCAGGAAAUGUCAAAUGAGCUAAGACCAGCGCAAAUGGAGAAGUUUGUUGAAAUUUUACAGAAAUUCAAAAAAGGCACCUCUACGAAAGAUAAAGUUGAAGGAAUGGUGCAAUUAAUUGUUUUCUCAAUGGGAGUUAAAUCGAGCAUAACAAAUUCCGACAUCAAUUUUCUUGGUGAAAGUACAACUGUGGACACAAUCACCGAAAAUAACAUUUAAAUUUUAUUUUGUUGCAAAAACCUAAAUCUUUGCUUUAUUGGAAUAAAUUAUAAGAAUAAGAAUUUUUUUCGAA